GAGCCGCGCGUGCGCAUUGCAGAGAGAUCCGAGUGACGAAAUGGAGUGAUAUUUAAUCCCACACACUUGUCGCGCGCGAGAAAAAGUCGUCGAGUGUGCGAUUGGUCACAGGAUAGAAGAGUUCUCGGGUUUCCAGCGGUCUUCCCGGAAACGGCCAAUCGUUUCUUUCGUUUCGAGAGUGCGAGAAUCGGCGCCCUGGUGAGAUUCCGGAGCGCGCUCCAGCGGCGUGCGCUUAUCAAACGAGGGGCGAGUGCGUUUGUGGCCGCGUGUAUGACGGGAUGUUAUCGCGGUGCGCCGCUUCGUUCGCGUGCGACUGACGGGCGCGUUGCGCGCUCCUGAAUUUCGAUCAUGAGCGCGCAAAACCAGCUGCCAAACCUCGACAAGAUCUUCCGGGACGACGACGAGGCCGACUUCGUACCUUCGAGCGGGUCUAAUUUGGCUGCCAUUUUUGGGUUACAAUCGAAGCCCGCAGAUUUCAAUUCCACUAAACAAGCAGCACGUAAGAAGAGCAAUGCUCGAUAUAACGGACAGCAGACUGCACCACCUUCCAAGACUGAAGUGUUGAUAGCUAAAGCAGUGCAUGCUUUUAAAUUGCAAAAUGGUCAGUACGCUUCGGUUGGAAAGCUUGGUAUGGCAUUGACAGGCAACGUAGUAACAAGGAUGUAUCAGAUAAUUUUAUACAAGACUAAGCAAGAAUACAUAUCCGUCGCCACAGUGACGCAUGACUUUGCGUAUACCAUGCAAGCGAACAAUUACGCCAGUUAUUACGACGAUAACAAAGACAAUUGGUCGAUUUUAUUCGAGAAUAAUGAGAGUUACCUGGAGUUUGCGAUAGAAGCGGGACUGGCGCGCUACUUUGCCACGCAGGAGAAAGGAGAGAACGUCAUCUACCAGGACCUAACGCCAAGCGAUAAAGAUGUGAUCGCGAAAGAAGGGGACAAGAUAUGCAUUAAAUAUUUCGCGGGGACCGAGAUUGUGCAGCCCUUUAAAACGAACUUCGCAAUGUCGCAAACGAUGACUGUGGAGAUAUCGACGGACGAGAACUGGGAGAGAAUUCUCCUGGGCAGCGGCAAGGGUCUGAAAAGAGUGUUAUUCUUACCGCCUAGCAAACAGAUUAGUUUAGGUCCUGGAUUUCCUAAAGAGAGAGAUGUUAUGCUGAUAAUAGAGAUAACCGAUAUACGAGCGCAGGAAGACAAUUCGCCGGCGACUAAGAGCUCAAUGAGCGAAAAAGCGGCCAUAAUAUCGAGAAUGGCUAAAAUGGGUCAGUCCAUCUUACCAAAAAUGCCUUUACCUUCCACCACUGAUUCCGAAGAUACCGAGGAUGAUGUACCACACAAAUCUCCUCGUCACAAGAGGAUCGAUCAGUCGGAAGGGACUUCGCAAAAGAAGAAUUUGCCCUACGAGUCAUCAAAUGAAAAAAAGGCCGCCCAGAAAGCUGUGGAGCCUAAAACUGAAGUGCCUUCUGUAGAGUCUAGUACAUAUAAGCCAUUAGUUGCCGCACCCCCGUUAACGUCGCAAUGGACCCCACCAUAUUUUGCUGGACAUUAUGUAACGAUGGACAGUCAGAUGUAUCCCAUAUCGCAGACUGUAAACCGUACAAUACCAGCUGCUCUGGAUCCCGGAAUGAAUAUGUUGCUAUCGGAAACUAGGAUAGCGAAUGCGGAAAUACGAAUGGGAAUGUCCAAAAUAUCCGAUAAUAUUCAGAAAUUAUUGGAUAAGUUUCAUGCGCUCGAGCUUCAAAAUGCGACAACUCCAACGAGUGAUAAAGCAUCUUUGGAUGUCUCUUGGAAAAUGCUCUUGGCUCUUAACGCAUCUCAAGCGGGAACGAAAGACAACGAAUUACCAAAAAAUACUGAUAAAGAUACCUCGGAUGAGAAAAUACGCGAGGCACAGGACAGAAUAAAUUCUUUAGAAAAUGAUGCAAAAGUAUCGAAAGAGGAAAUAGAAUCAUUGUUAAAAACUAAUGAAAAUCUGAGCAAGAAGCUUCAAGAAUUGGAAGCAAGACUAACUGAUACAAGUAACGAGUUGAAGGAAACCAAAGAAACCUUAGAAGUAGCUGAAAGGACAAUUGCACAGUAUAAAGAAGAAAAUGUUAGUUUAGAAGAUAGGCUUUCUAAGUGUCAUAGAGAACAUCAAAUCGACACAAUAUCAUCCAGACAAAAAGAUGUUGAGAAAAAGAACAAAGAAAUUAAGCAAAUAAUGAACAAAACGUACCAUACAUUAUCAGAAAAACUUGCGGAUGAAUCGCGCUCUGAAUUGUCUUUUGAUUAUGUAAAAUCCACUAUUGCAAACACAAUAAAGCAUAUCACUCUGCAAGUAUUAUAUGAAGACCCUGAUGAAGAGGAUAGAGAAUCUAAAGCCACCAAAGAUGUGAAUUCUACAGUUAUUAAAACUGACUAUCAACAAAUUAAGGCACCAACAAUUGAAGAACAUAUUGAGAAGCCAGUAUUGAAUCCAGAUAGCAGUAAUGAUUUCUCAAUAAAAUGCACGGAAACAUCACGAUCUACCACGAUUAUGCCUAUAUUUGCAAACGAACCACCACCUGUUCCACCCGAGGGCAUUGAUGAAGUGGAUAGCGACAAUGAUUGAUCAACUUUUAAAUUUACUAUUAAUUUAUGCUGCAAGAAAUUAUUUCAUAAAAUAUUUCCUAUUUUUAUUAUCAAUUGCGUAUAUGUAUGUUCUUAAUACAUAUUCUAAACACAAUCAGUGUUUAAAAUGUACCAUUUCCAAUAGGCCACAAUGGUGAAACUUUUUGUACAUUUCUUAAUAAAGAAGACAUUUUUAUUAUAAAUCUGUAUUGCAUGCAGAGGAGAGACUAGGAGCAGAAAUAUCAGAUGCGAAAACACAAUAUAAACAAAUACAUUCGCGAGGCUGUUAAUCGUUUUUAUUCUUAUCGAGGCGUUUCCGUCUUAAUAGUGACCGAGACUUUGUGAACAAUAUUGUGUGUGUGAGGAGUGCAACGAAAAAAUUAUGGCAAAUGGAAGUAAUAAAUAUCAUUUUAAUCCUUA